UGUUGCGUGCGGGCCUUGACGCGAUUUUCCCGCGGUCUGGGCUCUGGGAAGGGAAGGGAGGGGAGCGAAAAGGAGCGGGGCCCGUUGGUGGCCGCUUGUUCGGCGGGGGCACAACGGUCACUAUGCCGCCCAAGCCCCUUCGCAGGGCGGGCGCCGCCAGGAGCCAGCGCACCAGCCCCGAGGGCGGCGGCAGCGCCUCACCGCCCGGCGGCACCCGGCUGGAAGUGGGGGAAGCGGAGUUCGUGGCUCUGUGCGAUGCGCUGAAGGUGCCGGACAGCGUGAGGGAGAAGGCCUGGAGGACGUACGAGAGCUUGGCGGCCGCCGACGGGGCUCCGGCUUACAACAAAAAGAAGAAGGAGACAUGGGGAGUCUGUAUCUUCAUUGUAGCAAUUGAUCUGGAUGAAAUGACAUUCACUUUUACGGAGCUGCUGAAAAGUUUAAGCAUAAGCGUGUGCACUUUUUUCCAGUUUCUCAAAGAGGUGGAUGUUAACAUGGAUACUGUAAGCACUAAAGUUGAUAGCACUGUAUCAAGGCUGAAAAAGAAAUACGAUGUCUUACUUGCACUGUAUCACAAGUUUGAGAGGACUUGUGGCCUUAUUUAUCUGGACCAACCCAGUAGUGAGAUUUCUGCUGAACUCACUUCUGUGUUAGUCCUGAAGAAUUACUGGAUUACUUUUUUGCUGGCAAAAGGUAAAGUGUUGCAAAUGGAAGAUGACCUGGUGAUUUCCUUCCAGUUGCUGCUGUGUGUCUUAGAUUAUUUUAUCAAACUGUCACCUCCUGCUAUGCUCAAGGAACCAUACAAGUCUGCUGUGACUGCACUGACUGCUAAUGGUUCAACUCGAACCCCACGAAGAGGUCAGAACAGGAAUGCACGCGCUUCAAAGCAAAUUGAUACAGAUACAAAAGUUAUUGAAAUCCUUUGUAAAGAGCAUGAUUGUAAUUUAGAUGAGGUAAAAAAUGUGUAUUUCACAAGCUUUAUUCCCUUCUUGAAUUCUCUUGGUGUAGCCUCAAAUGGAUUACCAGAGGUCGACGUUCUCUCAAAACAAUAUGAUGAGCUUUAUCUCAAAAACAAAGAUAUAGAUGCAAGAUUAUUUCUGGAUCAUGAUGAAACUCUACAGCCUGAUGUGAUAGCAUGCUCACAGUUGGAAAGAACACCACAAAAAAAUAUUCCAGAUGAGGAGGUGAAUCAUGUCCUUCCACAGACUCCUGUUCGGGCUGCAAUGAAUACUAUUCAGCAAUUGAUGAUGAUUUUGAACUCAGCAACUGAUAAACCAUCAGAUACUCUCAUUGCAUAUUUCAAUAACUGCACAGUGAACCCUGAAGACAGUAUCCUGAAAAGAGUGGAAAGCCUUGGACACAUCUUCAAAAAGAAAUUUGCUGAAGCAGUUGGGCAGGGAUGUGCUGAGAUUGGCUCACAGAGAUACCAGCUUGGAGUACGGCUGUAUUACAGAGUAAUGGAGUCUAUGCUGAAGUCGGAAGAAGAGCGUCUCUCAGUGCACAAUUUUAGCAAACUUCUGAAUGAUAACAUCUUCCACACAUCUCUUCUGGCGUGUGCUCUUGAAAUUGUCAUGGCUACAUAUGGCAGAACUGCUUCACAAAGUGAUGGUACCAGUACCGAAACAGACUUGUCUUUCCCGUGGAUUCUCAAUGUAUUUGAUUUAAAAGCUUUCGACUUCUACAAGGUGAUUGAAAGUUUCAUUAAAGUGGAGCCAAGCCUAACAAGGGACAUGAUAAAGCAUCUAGAACGCUGUGAACAUCGCAUUAUGGAAUCUCUUGCUUGGCAAUCUGACUCACCUCUGUUUGAUCUUAUCAAGCAGUCAAAAGAACGAGAAGGUCAGACUGAUCAGCCUGAGCCCACUUCCACCCUAAAUCUGCCUCUCCAACAUAACCAUACUGCAGCAGAUCUGUAUCUUUCUCCUGUGAGAUCUCCUAAGAAGAAAGCAUCUGGACACCCUCAAAGUGGUACUUCUAACCCAGAUGCUCAGCCAUCUGCGACCUCACAAACACAGAAGCCUCAGAAAUCUACCUCCCUCUCUCUGUUCUACAAAAAAGUGUUUCGACUGGCCUAUCUCAGAUUGCAUACCCUGUUCUUUCGGCUUCUCUCUGAACAUCCUGACCUGGAGCCAUUGAUCUGGACCCUUUUCCAGCACACACUGCAGAAUGAGUAUGAGCUCAUGAGAGACAGGCACUUGGACCAGAUCAUGAUGUGUUCCAUGUAUGGCAUAUGCAAAGUAAAGAAUGUGGAUCUUAGAUUUAAAACAAUAGUUUCUGCAUACAAAGAGCUGCCCAAUACAAAUCAAGAGACUUUCAAACGUGUUCUUAUCAGGGAAGAGCAGUACGACUCCAUUAUAGUCUUCUACAACUUAGUGUUCAUGCAGAAACUGAAGACAAACAUCCUGCAGUAUGCCUCCAACAGGCCUCCUACGCUGUCACCUAUCCCACACAUUCCUCGCAGCCCCUACCAGUUCUCCAAUUCUCCUCGGCGUGUCCCUGCAGGCAAUAACAUCUACAUCUCACCCUUGAAGAGCCCUUACAAAUUCUCUGAUGGGUUUCAAUCUCCCACAAAGAUGACUCCAAGGUCCAGAAUUCUGGUGUCGAUUGGUGAAACGUUUGGGACUUCUGAAAAGUUUCAAAAAAUAAACCAGAUGGUGUGCAACAGUGAGAGCCACGUAAAGCGCGGUGCAGAGCCCAGCGAUGCCCCUAAGCCACUGAAGAGGCUGCGCUUCGAUAUAGAAGGGCAGGACGAGGCAGAUGGAGGCAAACACCUACCCCAGGAGUCCAAGUUCCAACAGAAGCUUGCAGAAAUGACUUCUACUCGAACAAGAAUGCAGAAGCAGAAACAGAACGAUGGAAACGAUACCUCAGGCAAUGAAGAAAAGUGAGAUUCUCCUCAGGACCAGGGGCUGCUGCAGGCCCUCACAGCUUUCGUUUUACUGCCUUCAUUCAUCGAGUUACUUUUUCAGUUGCUUUGAUCCCAAACCAAUAGUUGAAAACCCUUGGACUUCUGUAUUUUUUUCAAGGUUUUUCUGAUACUUUGCCUUAAGAUGUAGCAUGUAUCCCAUGUAAGCCACUGAAUUUAAUUUAAUAUAUUUUCAGAGGAUUUUCAAAACCAGCUUGGAAAGUGUCUUAGUUUGCUAUUGCAGCGUUACCGAUUGAAGCCAUUUCAGUCUACCUGGGUGGAUUUUUUUCCAUCUCAAAGACAAAAUGUCAGCUAGGGAUCUCAAGUGCACUAAUUUCACUUAGGUUUCAUUUUAAUGUCAAAUCUCAAAGCAUUACCUGCAAAUAUUGAGAAUUAGGGGUCAGAUAUCGCAAGGAUUUCUGUCUCUGUGUGUAUUAACUACAUCUAGUUCCCAUUAACUUAAGCUGCACAGCAGCCGUGCAGGGUCAGGGUCUCCUUGCAGUGAGCUGUGCUGCACCUCAGGUACGUCUCAUUCUGCAGUUCCUCAGCUCUCACCCCACACAUUUCAGAGGGCCCAGGCUGAAUUUCAUUGAAUCUCAUAGAGAUGGAAUCUACACGUGUUGAUGUGGCUGUGGCCGAACGUCACAGCACAGAGCCGCGUGCCUGAGGUGGUGCCUUACCCAAAAGGCAGCUUGGGAACAAAUGCUUUUCAGUGUAUUUAUAAGGUAUGGAUUCAGAUAGUGGAUUCUUCUUUUUUUUCCUGCAGUGAUAAAAGCUCUGCAGAACAGCCAGCUAAAGGAAAGGAUGUUUUGCUUCUAGCGAAUUAAAUACAAUAAACGAGGUGCCACUUUUUUAAAUGACCCGUUUUAAUGAGAUCUGGCUCAUGCAGCUGCUUAAAUUAAAAGCGUCAGGGUAGCAAAGCAUGCUGCUCAUUGCACAGCAACACGUCUCUGCAUAGAAAGUGCUUAGAAAUGGUGUGGUGAACCUCGAAUGCCUACAGUGCUACCCGCUGAGGACCAGUUCUGGUGCUGACCAAAAGCUGAAGCUGGAGCUGGGAAAUGCUCCACAGACAGCUCAUUGAUUGGCCACUGAGUUUGUGAAAUGAAGCUGAGUUAUUUUUUUACUCGCAGUACGGCUUCAACUUUCAUCCUGAAGAAUGUACGGAAGCAUUAAGAGUAUGUGAUGUUUAUUUUUUCACUUUUAACAAGAGUUUUACAGUGCGAAUGUGUGUUACGAUGGGGCUUGCUGGCCCCAAGCUCUCUUACAGCAGCUGAAGUUGUUCAGUGAUCCUCGGGUGAGAGACACGACAGAGCCCCGCACAUAACAGAUCUCCUAGCGCUUGACUGUGACACUGUGUGUUUGUUCCAACAGACUGAAGGCUUUACAUCAAAUGUAUGGCAAUAUUUUAUACAACUCGUCAGUUUAUCUCCUUUCAAGAUGAAAUAAAAUAGCUUUUAAAAGAUA